GAGAGAGGGGCAGAGCAACUCCACGUGUCCGGUGUUUCUGUCCUGUACCUCUUUACUCUCCUGUCUCCCGUCAAGCCAACAGCUAACUAACUGUCCUGCAAGCUCACAGUUAGUCCUUCUCCACGACUUUCUUUUCCCCUCCAUCCGGAUCUCGCAGGUAGACUAAGCAACAAUGCCCCGUCUGCCUCUCUUGCUGCUGCUGUGCCUGGGCCUGGUGGUGUUCAACCCCACCCUGGCCCAGGACGAGGCUCCGGAGGCUGGGGAGACCCAGACCCAGGAGGACCCAGCAGCCGCUGCUCCACCUGCUGCCCAGGCCGGGGCAGGGGAAGCUGGGGAGGGAGAGGAGGACGACGAGUGGGGUCUCGAGUCGCUGCGGGGCAGCUUCCAGGCCGUCAACGGCUACUUCGACUCCGUGCUGGAGUUCAUGGGAGGACGGGACGGCGUGUGCCAGUACAAAUGCCGUUAUGGUAAGGCUCCAGUGCCCCGGCCUGACUACCAAGCACCUGCGCCCAACGGCUGCAGCUCCUACUUCCUGGGCCUGCCUCUUCCUGAGGGGGUGGACAUGGGUAUCCCAGCCAUCACCAAGUGCUGUAACCAGCUGGACCUCUGCUACACCACCUGCGGCUCCAACAAGUACCGCUGCGACUCCAAGUUCCGCAUGUGCCUCCACGGCAUCUGCUCCGACCUCAAGAAGAGCCUGGGCUUCGUCUCCAAGGUGGAAGCGUGUGAGACAGUGGCCGACACGCUGUUCAACACAGUGUGGACGCUGGGCUGCAGGCCGUACAUGAACAGCCAGAGGGAGUCCUGCGUGUGCGAAGGAGAGGAGAGGGACGAGCUCUAAAGCAGCAGCAAGCACCAUGGACAAAAACACACACACACGCGGACAUCACAUGGACGAGUUCAAAAGAAAUGCAUGAAAUGAGGCAACACUGUUGCAGAACAAAUAAGAUGUAUUGCAUUCAAUGUUUCCUGUAAAAAUCAAGUCAUUCGUUUUUGUUUCAUUUCAUUCACGUGAAAGGUUUCUCCUUUACGUGUCAAUACCAACAGCAGUAUGACCGUUUGAGGAAGACGGGGAAGUCACUCUGUCAAACAUGUCAGGUAAAGGAGGAAACCUAUGCUUACUUUUUUAUGUCUGAAUGAAACGAAAACGAAUGACUGGUCAUAGAAUGUUGCACUGCAUUGGCUUGAACCAUUCAGGACCUGGUAAAAAAAAAAAGCAAACAGGCGCAGUGGUUUAACUCGCCCCAUGUCUUAUGCUGUGUUUAUAUUUAUGUUGAUAUGUGCAUGUAUUAAUAUAGUUAAUAUUAAUAUGUUAUUAUCACUCUUCAAGAGUGUAUCUGUGGUCCUCCAAUCUGAGAUGAACUUUUCUUGUUCAUCCAUUUCAUGUCAUGAGUCAGAAUAUUGUGAAUAUUGACCGCAAAGUCACAUUAUACUUGAAAACAUCUCAGACUUCUUCGGUGGAUGAAUAGUAUGAUUAAAACAGUAUUGAGGAUAUAAAAAUUGCACUAUUCGCAUGGGUUGGACAUCUAUUGCUGUGUAGGCUACUGUAAAGUCUCCUGAAUGUGAAAUUUGUAUAGGCCUACUUGUUUUACGUAGCUGUGUCAUUGGUGAAAUAAAAUUGAAAAACAAUUGAA